AAAUGUGAAUUAGGUUUAGAGUUAAGAAUCGAUGACUCCGUCAAAGUCAUAGUGCAGUGCAGUCAGUACAAAGCCCAGAAGUGGCGCAGUUCCGAAUUUGCUGCUCCGCCGAAAUCUCCAACGGAAAUCGCCCCACCUGCAACAACCUCACGGCAAAGAAAUUCAGAUAUAGAUACCCAUCCGACUACCCUUCGAUAUCCGUCGAUAAUCUCAAACAAUCGUACAUACUCCACCGCCUUUCGAAUAUCCUCUUCCCCCAUCUACCAUACCAGCAAAUCCUCUUAAAGCAUAAAAGCCACCGCACAUACCCAUCAUGGCUGUCCGCGCACAAUUCGAGAACUCGAAUGAAGUCGGUGUCUUCGCGACACUUACCAAUUCCUACGCCAUCGUAGCCCAAGGCGCUUCCGAGAACUUCUACAGCAUCUUCGAAUCCGAACUGCAAGAUGUCAUCCCCAUCUGCCACGCCACUAUCGCCGGCACCCGCAUCGUCGGCCGCCUGACCACGGGCAACCGCAAAGGCCUCCUCGUCCCCACCAGCACCACCGACCAAGAGCUCGCGCACCUCCGCAACUCCCUCCCCGACUCCGUCUCCAUCCAACGCCUUGAAGAGCGUCUCUCCGCCCUCGGCAACGUCAUCUGCGCGAACGACCACGUGGCGCUCGUGCAUCCGGACCUGGAGCGGGAGACGGAGGAGCUGAUCGCGGAUGUGCUGGGAGUGGAGGUGUUCAGGCAGACAGUGGCCGAUCAUGUGUUGACCGGGAGUUAUAUGGCGUUGAGUAAUCAGGGGGGUUUGGUGCAUCCGAAGACGAGCGUGCAGGAUCAGGAUGAGUUGAGUAGUUUGUUGCAGGUGCCGUUGGUGGCGGGAAGUGUGAAUCGGGGAAGUCCGGUAGUGGGCGCGGGGAUUGUGGUGAAUGAUUGGAUGGCAGUGACUGGCCUCGACACCACCGCCACCGAGCUCUCCGUCAUUGAGAGCGUCUUCAGAUUAGGUGAGGGCGCAGGCCCCGGCGACAUCAACACGACGAACAAGGAGACGAUGGUCGAGUCGUUCUACUAAACCAUCC